GCUCCUCAUUGGGCGAGGGGCGCGGGUCGAUGACGGCCAGCCUCCCCGACUCCAUGGACGGCGUCCGGCUGCUGCUGCUGCUCUUCGCGGCGGCGGCCUUCGCCGCGCCGCGUCUGCGCGCCGUCGAUCCCGAGGAGCCCGACGCUCUGCUCAAGUUCGCGCUCACCGAGCUGCAGCGCGUCAAGGUGGAGAACCGCGAGAUGGACGACUGCCACGGGCUCGAGCUCGCUUCCAUCGACACCCGCGACGAGAAGGUUGAGAAUGGCGUCAAGCACCACCUGAAGCUCAAGGUGCAGCCUGCAAUGAUAGUGACACCUGCCUGCAGCCAUAGGAACGUCACCACGUCCGUCAACGUUCACCUCCAGCCUGAAGUUUGCGAGGCUGAGGUAUGGGAAAACCAGGACGAAGACGGCCGUCACCAGAUGGCACUCCUCCGCUCUAGCUGCAUGCAGGUCGACGAGCUACGCCACUGAUUUGCUUCGCAAUGAACAAACAUUUUUAUGGACUUUAUGUGUUCAUUGUUGCCAGCUUCACCACUCAGCUUUAGGUGUACGUUGAGUUGGCGCCACAAUUAGAACUGAUUUCACCUGUUUUUUUUACCAUCACUCAUGAAUAGUACGACCCGCCGCGGUUGCUUAGUGGCUAUGGUGAUGGCUGCUAAGCACGAGGUCGAGGCAUCGCAUCCCGGCAACGGCGGCGGCAUUUCGAUGGAACGAAAACACCCGUGUACUUAGAUUUAGGCGCACGUUGAAUAACCCCAGGUGGUCUAAAUUUUCCAGAGUCCUUCGCUACGGCGUGCCUCACGAUCGGAUCGUUUUGGCACGUAACGGCCAAUGCGCCGACUCUUGGCUUCUUCACACCGCCGGCAUUCGGUAAUAGUGGCUUGCACAGUGGAAGAAUUCUUGAAGACAAGGAGAUGGAAAGCAUCAUCUGCUAUGCCUUUAAUGACAUGGGCGACUUUAUCAGGUUCGGGCAUCUUCGGAUCCACUUUGCGGCACAGGGCAAGCACGCCCUCGAUGUACGUUAGGUAGGAUUCAGUCCACGUCUGGACACGCGAAGCGAGGUAAUUUCAGGGAGGCGCGCAGAUGUCCAGCAGGCUUUCCAAACAAAUCGUGGAGCUUCCGUUUACAAAUGUCCUAUCUAGUAAGUUCCUCCUCGUGGGUCUGAAACCAGACGCGUGCCGUUCCGGCGAGGUAAAAUAUCAAAUUGGCCAGCAUGAUGGUCGGGUCCCAGUGGUUGCUGGCGCUCACCCGAUCAUAUAGUUGAAGCCAAUCUUCCACAACAGUGUUGUCGGUGCCAAAAAAGGUUCCUGGGUCGCGGGGUUGUGCGAGAAGGACGGUGGGCGUGGGUGCCGACGUGCCCGAAGCAUCCUAGCCGUGAGCUGGCAUUGUAGGUGGAGCCAAGGAGUGACCGCUGCGUAAACCCGUCUUGAUAAUGAUCCCGCAACCUCCACCAAAAAUAUUACGGGGCUAAAAGAAUUCAGAUGUAUAUUUAUAGGAUGUCCACAAUAAUUGUAUCAGCUGACAAUGUGGUAGACGGCGCGCGAUGUCCAGAGCGUUAUCUUCGUCCGACCAGGAUUAAGACGUCUCCUUCGUCAGCGUGUCACAAUAUAAUUUUUUAAGCAUUAGUACAGGAGGAGGUCCUGGAGUUACAAAAACUAUCAGGGGGGUGUCCUAUUAGUAAUUUAACAAUAUAUUAAGUAAUACGUUGUAGCAACCUAGCAGUGACAGACAUGAUAUUACACGAAGUUAGUGAAGCAGAUAAUCGAAUACAAGAAAGAUGCUUGCAGUAAUUCAAGUUCAAGAGAAACAAGAAAAUUAAAUGGAUACUGCGUAUCAGUAAAUAAAAAUGUAAUUGACUUUAAUGAAACAUAGGAAUAACAUAUAUCAAAGAACACGAGGUUAACGGAGCAGAUAAUGCGAAACAGGAAUACGCGUACGAUAUGAGAAGUACAAGUAAAAUAUAUGCUAUGCAACAAAAAACAUAAAAUUUCUAAGAAAGGAGGCAAUGGGAGAUUGAGAAUCAGACGAAUACAUUAGGCAAAUACAGAAGGAACUAAAAACCUACAAUUUCGAAAAAAAAACAAAGAAGCUAAUUGGACAUCGAGAAUAAAAGCGAUACAUUCGGCAAAUGCGGAAGUACUCAAAACUGUAAAAUAAUUUUGUCUACAAUAUAUGUUCAUAGUAAUGAGCCUGUUGCCAGUAGUGUCGUUAGUAAAUAUUUCUUCGUAACUCUCUUGCAUGUUAAUGUUGUGAAACAGGCUUUAAUAUGGGGUGGUAGUUUAUUCCAUUAUUUAAUGACCGUAAACAGCUCAGUUAACAUUCCAUAAUUAGUGUAUUCUAGAAUGUACAGAACUGUUGUUAACGGAAAAUGUCAUAUAUUUAGUGUUCGUUAUAGCACAUAUAUUAAAUGUAUCGAAAAUGAUUUCAUGUUUUAGCGUGCGCCACAUUAGUAAAACGAAUUUGAGCUGGAGCACAUAACGUAAUGGUAGUAUGUUUAAGGAAGUUAAGAUUAGUAUUUCAUGUGACAUGUAACUAGAGAAAUUGAUUAUCAUCAAGGCUUGAUUUCGUAACUGUUGUAGAUGUGUUAUGCGCGUGCAAUGUGUGUUUCCCCAAACUAAGAUUCAGCAUGCUAAGUCACAAUGUAUAUAUGCGUAUAAUAAAGUGUGUGGGGUUCUCC